AUGCCUUCAACCAACACGACAAACCAGGAUAUAAGUCUUCCUCCACCAAGGCCUGAUCAAGUUUAUGUCACAAUCUCAGCAUUGGACGGAGGACACUUGACCCUCCCAGAGUAUCUGUUUGUCACAGAUGCCGAUCCCAACAAAAGAGCCACUGUGCCAUCUCUGUCAUUUCUUAUCCAACAUCCAUCAGGAAGCUCUGGAUCUCCAACAAGACUGCUAUUUGAUCUUGGUAUGAAGAGAAACCCAGAAGACUUCCCGCCACCCAUGCAAGCCCAUAUUCGCAAUCGACAGCCGACUAUACUUCAUCCUGAUGUGGGCGAUUCGUUGCGUGCUGGAGGCUUGGAUCCGGCCGAGAUUGAUAUGGUGAUUCUCAGCCAUGUGCAUUGGGAUCAUGUCGGUACACCGGCAGACUUCACUAAAGCUCAAUUCCUGGCCGGUGCUGGGACAUUACACCUCCUCCGUCAUGGUGCAGGGCCCCAUUAUCCCGCCGAGAUUUUUAUUCCUGAUCUCUUGCCCGAAAAACGAACUCAAGAGUUCCCCCCAUCGAAUACGCCAUCUGCAGACCCCGAGUUGGGAGAGGUAAUUCCUGAAUGUGUUCCUGCCGCCCAGCAGUCUUCACAUAAAUGGCAGCCCCUCGGUCCCUUUGCAUCUGCCAUCGAUCUCUUCUCUGACGGAAGCGUAUACAUUCUCGACAGCCCAGGCCAUAUGAUUGGACAUGUCAACCUUUUGGCGCGAGUGUCACCGAGUAAAUGGGUUUACCUGGGCGGCGACUGUUGUCAUGAUUCUCGUAUCCUAAGCAAGGACAAGGAUAUCGCCUUGUAUGAUGAUGGGCAUGGCGGGAAAAGGAGUGUACAUGUUCACACUGCAGAGGCAAGGGAAACGUUGAGAAGAGUCCAGAAAUUGGUGGAUGGCAUAAACCAGACUGCAACAGAGUCAGGAAGCAAUCAGAAGGUAGAAGUAGUCAUUGCACAUGAUGGCGAGUGGCGUGAAAAGAACGGGUCAAGAUUCUUUCCUGGGUCUCUGUGA